GGUUAUUAUUAACAUUCUACACUGCACGGCUUCCUGGACACUGAAGUUUUGGAGGACAUAAGCAGAACUGGCAACCUCAGAUCUCUGCGCUGUGUGCACAUGGGCACACUUUGCGCGCGACACUCAGUCUUUCGCCGUCACACAACGAGAGCAGACCUGUCCUGACCGAGCGGAGCCACGCCACGAGGGAGAAAGCUACAAUAUUCCACUUGAGAAGCAUUCAUACAGGCGAACAAAAUGGACGAGUGGACCGAGGGAACUACUAGUAAUACUACUACAGUAACCAGCCAAUCAAGUGAAGGCACACAAGGUGACUCCUGGAACUCUGACCGGGGGAAAUAUGGAAGAGGUCGUGGAGGCAGAGGAGGAUUCAAAAGCUCAUUCUCAGGUGCUGACGAGAAUGGGAAUGGUGGUGGAAAUUCAGAAGACGGGAGUGGAUUUAGAGGCAGAGGCGGUGGAAGAGGGUUUGGCAGGACGGAUCGCAGUGAAUCAAAUGGAGAGGAAGAUGGAGGGUUCGGAGGCGGAAGCCGAGGAGGAAGAGGCGGCAGAGGAGGUUUCCGACAAGGUGGAGACGAUGGACCCAGAGGAGGAGGCUCAGGAGGAGGCUACCGAGGGAGAGAUGAGGAUUCCUUUACUCGAGGCGAUUCUAAAGAUCCAGAAAAGAAAGAUGGCGACGAAGAAGAAAGACCAAGGGUCACGUAUAUUCCUGAAGCACUCCCCGAAGAUGAAGCAUCCAUUUUCGCCCACUAUGAGAAAGGCAUCAACUUUGCGAAGUAUGAUGACAUCACAGUGGAUGUCAGUGGAAGUAACCCCCCGCCGGCUAUCAUGACUUUUGAGGAGGCAGCAUUGUGCGAGUCACUGAGAAAAAAUGUCAGCAAAACUGGUUAUGUGAAGCCCACCCCCGUUCAGAAGUAUGGCAUCCCCAUCAUCUCUGCUGGCAGAGAUCUCAUGGCCUGUGCCCAGACUGGAUCUGGUAAAACGGCUGCUUUCCUCCUGCCUAUCCUGCAGCAGCUGAUGGCAGACGGCGUGGCAGCGAGUUCCUUCAGUGAGCUGCAGGAGCCCGAGGUCAUCAUAGUGGCCCCCACCAGGGAGCUCAUCAAUCAGAUUUACCUGGAGGCCAGGAAGUUUGCCUUUGGGACAUGUGUACGUCCAGUUGUGGUUUAUGGUGGAGUCGCCACUGGACACCAAAUAAGAGACGUUCUGAAGGGGUGCAAUGUGCUGUGUGGAACACCUGGGAGACUGUUGGAUGUCAUUGGAAGAGGAAAGAUUGGCUGCAGUAAGCUGCGGUACCUGGUGAUGGAUGAGGCUGACCGGAUGUUGGAUAUGGGCUUUGAGCCUGACAUGCGUCGCUUAGUGGCCUCGCCUGGCAUGCCUACCAAAGAGAACCGGCAGACUCUAAUGUUCAGCGCCACCUUCCCUGAGGACAUCCAGAGGUUGGCGGCCGACUUCCUGAAGACAGACUAUCUGUUCCUGGCUGUGGGUGUGGUGGGCGGAGCCUGCAGUGAUGUGGAGCAGAAGCUUGUCCAGGUCACCAAGUUCUCCAAGAGGGAAACGCUGCUUGAAGUCCUCAAAACCACUGGAACUGAACGCACCAUGGUUUUUGUGGCGACCAAGAGACAAGCUGAUUUCAUCGCCACUUACCUGUGCCAAGAGAACAUUCUGACCACCAGCAUUCAUGGUGACCGUGAGCAGCGAGAGCGAGAGCAGGCUCUGGCAGACUUUCGCUCCGGCAGACGGCCAGUCCUGGUGGCCACUUCUGUAGCUGCCCGGGGUCUGGAUAUUCCAGAUGUGCAGCAUGUGGUCAACUUUGACCUCCCUGACAACAUUGACGAGUAUGUCCACCGUAUCGGUAGAACCGGUCGCUGUGGGAACACUGGGAGGGCCUUGUCUUUCUAUGACCCCGAAGCUGAUGGCCAACUUGCCCGCUUCCUCGUUACCAUCCUGUCCAAGGCCCAGCAGGAAGUGCCCUCCUGGCUGGAAGAGUCUGCGUUCAGCGGCUCCGGAUCUGAAGGCUUCAAGGGCUUCAACUCCACAGACUCCAGGAAGGGAGGAUCAUUCGCUGACAGCGGAGCGAGGAGCCAGGCCGCUGCUGCGCCAGAAGUAGAUGAAGAAUGGGAAUAGAGACAUUUGAGCCAAGCACUCGACAUUGACCUGAGUUAUUUUUCUUUUCAUGUGUUCAGUUUGUUGUAGUAUUUUAGUUUGAAGUUUCUCAGAUAAGACAAUGUUAAGUCACGAGAGAUGUUAAUGGGAAACCAGGUCCUGUAUGAUGUGACAACCUAAUGGGUCUUCAUGACAGCAUAAUGUGGAUACUUGGUUUUAUUUUAAAAGAAGUUCCUUUUAAUGGACUUAAGGAACAUAAGGUGUCUGAUUUAAUAUUCCAAUGUUAUUACUUUGUUUAUCACUACGAUCAAGAACUAAUAAAUAUUUGUUCAAAGCCUA